CAGCUUUUCCCUGGUCAUCCAGAGGGAAUACCUCACAGAUAAAAUGCUUUGGGCCGGUUUAAUAACCCUAUUGCUGGGGCUAGCUGCGGCUAAAGACACUUAUGUCGUUAUUACGCCUAAAGACGUCCGCCCGGGAGUGCCCCUGAACAUCAGUGUCAAUAUUCUACACGCGACUGGCGAUGUGCACGUCACAGCUAAACUCAUCCAUGUGACCGACAAAUCGGUGAAAGCCUCUUCGUCUGCAACUUUCCAACAACAUGUCCCUGACACCAUGCGAAUUAUGGUCCCAGAUACGAUUCCAAGCGGGACGUACCAGCUUACAGUUGAAGGUUCCAAUGGUCUCACUUUCACAGACAAAACAAAUCUUCAUUACGCUUCCAAGGGCAUGUCUAUCUUUAUACAGACGGAUAAAGCCAUGUACAAACCUGGCCAAACAGUCAAUUUCCGAACAUUCGCCAUUUAUCCCAAUUUGACAGUUUACAGUGGGCCCAUGGACAUUGAGAUUUACGAUCCCAACAGCAAUAAAAUUAAGCAAUGGUUUGGACUGAAAGACGCCAGCGGGGUACUUACUAAUUUUAUGGCAAUGGACACGAAACCGGUACUGGGAGACUGGAAAAUCCGUGUCAAGACACACGGUUUGACCAAAGACAAGAUGUUUACAGUUGCUCACUAUGUCUUACCGAAAUUCGAAGUGACCGUUGACUUGCCGUCGUACGAUUUGACGUCAGCAACAGACAUUAAAGGAACUGUGAAGGCAAAGUAUACCUAUGGAAAACCGGUGAAUGGAACUGUGAAAAUCCGAGCCCACGUUGACUUUUACCAAUCUCAAUACUAUCAUCCGGAACCUAUCCCAACCAUCGAACUGACAAUGGACAUCAACGGGGAGGCCAAGUUUACACUGCCUGUGUCGGGACUGACCAGUCACACCUACUAUACCUCACUGAACGGCCAUAACGUCGUGGUAGAGGCCAACGUUACAGAGAGUCUUACACAGAUUACUCUCGACGGGACUAGUAAGAUGCAUUUCUACACCCACGCCGAGAAGAUAGAACUUCUUCCGUCCAACCCUACAACAUUUAAGCCUGGUCUUCAGUACAUCGCUUAUGCCAAAGUGGUCCAACAAGAUGACAUGCCAUUGGCCGCGGGCUCAAGCAAGUCGUUGAUCGUACAUACGAGCGUAACAGCCAACCUGCCUGAGACAACUACACCUAUGUAUUAUUAUGGUCCACGAACCAUGAACUAUCAACUGCCUGAUCAGAGUUUCACUCUCACAGAUACAGGACUUGUCCAGGCUAAGAUCGACAUUCCACACAAUGCAACCAGUAUUUCUCUAAACUUUAAGUAUGGCCAAAUUACUCAAUAUAAAUCCGUGCAAAGGAGCUAUUCUCCUUCGGACAGCUUCAUGCAGAUAUUCCUGGAGUCAAAUAACUUACAGGCUGGCCAUGACAAAGUAGUGGAUUUCCGAGUAGUGUCCACCUCACCAAUCGACAAGUUAAUUUAUCAGGUGCUUGGCCGAGGCAGUAUCGCAGUGUCAGGAUCUAUAAAUGGCAACAACGCAAAAGCAUUCCAAUUCCACGUCCCACUGAAUGCUAAGAUGGCACCAAAUGCGAGAAUCGUUGCGUACUACGUCAGAGCUGAUGGAGAAAUCGUCACAGACAGCAUAAGCUUUGACGUUUCUGGAACUUUUGAAAACGAGGUAUCCAUUCGGUUCGACAAAACGAAAGCCCAGCCUGGUGAAGGAAUCAAUGUUGACGUUACAGCUGAUCCUAACUCCAUCGUCAACCUUUUAGCCGUAGAUCAGAGUGUGCUUCUCCUUAAGAGCGGAAAUGACAUCACGCCUGCAGAGGUCGUUGAUGAACUGAAGUCGUAUGACACCAUUGUACAUUCCAACAAUGGCGGCCCCAUAUUCCUCGGAGGGGGGGGAUUUGGAGGGGGCGGAAUCAUGCCUGAGCCUAUGCCUGUGGGAAGGAAGAAGCGUAUGAUAUGGUGGCCUUUCACAACUUAUUAUGGAGGAUCGGACGCCGAACAAAUUUUCCAGAACGCCGGAGUAAAUGUUAUGACUGAUGCGCUAGUAUAUCACCAUGUGGAGCCGCAUAUAUACUUGCCAUCGUUCCACCAACAUCAUGGAUUUCUCGGUGGAUUUGGAGGAUUGGAGAGCAUCCACGCCUUAGCUGGUGUCUCGUCCGCGGUUAGCAGUAUUGGUAUGGUGCCGGGGGCUGGAAGUGUGGCUAUUCCAUCGAAUCCUCAACCACAACCGCCACAUGUAGAUAACCAUGCAUCGCAGGAUCUUAAAGAACCAGCACGUGUGCGCCUCGUAUUUCCAGAAACGUGGCUUUGGACAAAUCAAACUAUCGGACCUGACGGCCACGUGACCAUUGCUGCCACAAUCCCGGAUACGAUUACGUCAUGGGUUGCCAGUGCCUUUGCUGUCCACGCCACCAGUGGCCUCGGAAUCGCCCCAACAAGCGCCAAGGUUGAAGCCUUCAGACCAUUCUUUGUCAGCCUGACAUUGCCUUAUUCAGUUGUGAGAGGAGAACAACUCGUACUGCAGGCCAAUGUUUUCAACUAUAUGACUAUGGAUAUGGACGUUGUUGUCACAUUAGAAAAGAAUGAUGAUCUGGUAAAUGUCGUAUUCAAUACACAUGGCACAGAGUCCUACAUCGCCCAGACAACAACAAAGACUGUUCACGUAACAGCUGGUGGAACAAAAUCUGUGUUUUUCCCUGUGGUUCCUGCCGGCCUUGGUUCUGUCAGUAUUAACGUGAAGGCCCAGUCUACGUUGGCCGCCGACGCUGUUAGGCGACAACUCCUUAUUGAGGCUGAAGGUGUCCCGAAAGAGUACAAUAUACCGAUGCUUGUUGACCUGAAACACAACACCAACUUCGCGGAGACAGUUGAUGUCACAUUACCUGCUGGGGUCGUCGCCGGAUCACAUCGAGUGCAUGUUUCGGCUAUCGGUGACUUAAUGGGACCAACGGUCAAUGGGCUAGACAAACUUUUGCGCAUGCCAACCGGAUGUGGAGAACAGACGAUGUUAGGUUUCGCACCUGAUGUGUUUGUAACUAACUAUCUCACCGAUACCCACCAGUUGACAUCAAGUGUCGAGGAGAAAGCGAUCAACUUUAUGGAGAAAGGAUACCAAAGAGAACUAACUUUCCAGCACUGGGAUGGAUCAUUCAGUGCUUUCGGAGACAGGGACCCAUCGGGUAGCAUGUGGCUAACGGCUUUUGUUGCGAAGUCAUUCCACCAGGCGAAACGUCAUGUCUUUAUCGAUGAUGAAACUCUAACCAGAGCUAUUGAUUGGAUGAUAAACCGCCAGGCAGCAAAUGGUUCCUUCCCAGAACCUGGUCGUAUCAUUCAUAAGAACAUGCAGGGUGGAUCUGCCUCCGGUGCUUCUUUGACCGCCUUCGUCCUUAUCGCCUUACUGGAAAACAGUGACCUGCAAGGAGGUGUGCACCUGAGGAUACAAUCAGCAGCCAAUAAAGCCCAGACAUACCUGGAGGGAGAGGUAUCCGCCAUGACAGACCCCUACGGCCUAUCCAUUUGCAGCUACGCAUUGACUUUAGCAAGAAGUCAUUCCUCCGCAACAACCUUCCAUAAACUCAUGGCCACAGCAGUUACUAAAGACGGUAUGACCCACUGGCAUGAACCAGAAUCAGCCUCAUCCUCAACCGGCCACUACUGGUCCCCACCCCAUCAGCAAUCCAAGCCAGUGGAUAUUGAGAUGACGUCAUAUGGCCUAAUGGUGUUUGCUCACAACGGUCAGUUUACUGAAGGGCUUCCUUUCAUGAAAUGGAUCACAAAGCAGAGGAAUCCCAAUGGAGGCUUUUCUUCAACUCAGGAUACCGUAUUAGCACUACAGUCCUUGUCCGAGUUCGCUCGUAUCGGAUAUUCUGAACACUUCAACAUGCAAAUCGGAAUCACAGCUGGACAAACUACUCACAAGUUUAACGUCACCAGACAGAAUGCAUUGGUACUUCAAUCAUUGGAACUCCCAUCCAUACCAAGCCACGUAACUGUUACAGGAACCGGAAGUGGAAUGGGCCUAGUCGAGGUAUCUGUAUUCUUUAAUGUUGAGCAAGAGGUCGAACAGCCAUCAUUUGAAGUUGAUGUUACGAUUAUCGAAGAAACAAUCAACUCCCUAAAAGUCCGAUCCUGUACAAAGUGGCUGAAAACUGGAGCCAGUGGAAUGGCCGUGCAGGAAGUUGGCGUGCCGACCGGUUUCGCCCCUGAUGUUGAAAGCAUAGGGAAAAUGGCCACCCUGAAGAAGACUGAGACGGAGAAUCGCAAGGUCAUUUUGUACUUUGACGAGAUUACCACGACCCCCCUGUGUGUAACUAUGGACGCCUUCAGGACGGACAAAGUUGCAAAGUCGCAGCCGGCUCCUAUCAGAGUCUAUGACUACUAUGAGCCAAGUAACCAAGUGACGAAGUUCUACCAAUCCAUAGUGCUGAAGAACUCUGGUGUCUGUGAUGUCUGUAAUGAAUGUGGCUGUCAUGGACAACAUUAGACUGAAAUAAUGAAAAACGGCCAAAGUUAGUUCUGCACGAAUUUUUUAUAUCUUAUGUAUACAUUACUUUUUGUAUUGUUCUCUCUGUAAAUAAAAGAAAUGAUUUUUGA